AUGUUGAGAGAACCGAUUCGGAUAUUGGAUCUAAGUGAAAACAUAUUGAGGAAGGAACUCGAUAUUUCCUACAACAAUUUAACAUCACUGAAUAUCAGUUUACUUUCAAAAACUUUGAGUAAUUUGGAAGAGUUCCGAGCGGCUGGAAAUCACAUUGAUAACGGUCUAGGAAUCAUACACAGUCUCGGAUCAAAUCUAUGGGUAUUGGACUUUUCUCAGAAUAUCAUCGGAACAUUGAAUCGCAGUACAUUCGAACGUUUUGGGCAUUUGUAUCGGUUAAAUUUGUCAGACACACAUUUGGAACAUUUCGAUGUGAAUCCACUCAAAGUGUUCUCUUUAGACAUUUCACGAAAUAAAUUGAAGCGAUUGAAUGUGAAUUUACUAUCGCAUACUUUGAGAAAGUUAAAGUACUUUUACGCAGCCGAUAACGAUUUCGAAAAUACUACUGAAAUCAUACAAAAUAUGGGAUCAAAUCUAGGAUAUCUGGAUCUUUCUGGAAAUUAUGUGGGAAAAUUGAACGAAACUACAUUUGAACAAGCCCAAAAUAUUAGUCGGCUUUGGCUACGACGCACCAAUUUAUCGAUUUCUGAUGUUAAACCUUUUGAAACUAUGCGGUUGGCCUACCUAGAUAUUUCGAAAAACAACUUGAAAAAAUUAAAUUUCUCUACUUCGAUUGUUUUUCGGACCUUAGAAGGAAUUAACUUGAGUGAAAACCAUCUUACCCAACUGGACGGUCUCAAGCACUCUUAUCCAAAACUCACCAAACUGGAUAUUACAAAUAAUGACUUGAAAUGCACCUAUCUAUUCAUGUUCAGAAUAGCAUGGGACAGACUAGAGAUAAUUGGAGAUCCGUGCACUGAAAUUGAAAACAAUGAAACUCAAAGCCAAACUGACACAGAGAGCAGCACACUAUUGAUUUAUGGAUCAUUUGCAUUGGUAAUUUGUUUGAUUUCAUGCGCUUUGGAUGUCUAUUGUUUCCGAAAACGUCGUAAAAGCGCUGGCUCGACCAAUUUCGAAACUGGAGAUGUCAAUGGUCUUAACCCCGAAUGCCCAUUGGAUGUACAGGCUGAUCUGCUUCCGUACGAUAGGAAAUAUGAAUUUCCACGCAACAAGCUUAAGCUUGGAAAACAACUUGGCGCCGGAGCUUUUGGAAUUGUGUCGAAGCGAUGGCACAGGGAAUCGUUGAUG